AUUUAAUGAUAAACUUUGUAAACUUGUUGGUUCCAUUUAGAUAAGCAAAUAGAUUUUCAAGACUAAGUAUUUAAAAUUAGAGAAGAUUGAUGUAUAAAUUCUGUAGUGAAAAUAAAAAAACAGAAGAAAUAGAGAAAUAACCAUCAUUAGUUAUAGAUAUUUUGCAUACGGUAAAAGAUUCAGCAAAAGACUCAGCUUCAAAACUAAAAUAGAAGAUAAAAGGAUCAGCAUAAAAAUUUAAAACAGAUGCAAAUGCAAAUUAAUAAGCAGGUAUUGGGAAAACAUGUUUAAAUAUGGCAAAAUUAGCUUGGAGAAAAACAUUUCCAAGUCAUGAUGAUGAAGUAAAGGCUAGAAUGGAAACAGUAAAAGCUAAAUUAGCAGAAAGAAAGAAAGAAGAAGAGAAAUUAGCUUAAAUGAGUGAAGAAGAAUUAGGAGGAGUAUGAAUUAAAAUUUAUAUAGAUUUAAGAGAAAAUUCCAGAAUGGAAAAGAAAUGCUAUAUAAGCAACUGAUUAAAGUACAAGUGAAGAAGCAUCUCUAAAAUAAAAAAUAGCUUAGAAGAUUUAAAGUAGACUAAAAUAGAGUGAAUAAGGAUAACAAUUUGUUAAUAGUGAUACUUAUAAAGAAUAUGUAACAUUUAAAUCAGAAAUGAAAUAAUUUAAAGCUGAUUUAUCUGAUCGAAUCUAAAAUCAUCCUAACAAUUUUGUUUAAGUUUCUUUAUAUGCAGCAGUAAUUAAUUAUAAAAAUAUAUUAGAAAACUGUGACAAAUGAAAGUAAUGUUGCUAGAGCGAUUAAAUAAAUGAGAAUGAUUGAUCCAAAUUUCGAUAUAUAUGAAUUAGAAAAGGAAGCUAAAGUUAUCUUUGAAUAAAUUUAUAAUCUUUAUUUAGUAGGAGAUUUAGAAUCUCUUUAAAAAGUUUGUGGUGAAGCUGCUUUAGGAUAUUUUAAAGUUUUACUAAAAAAAUAAGAAGCUGAAGUAUUAUAAUUUUAUAAUAUAAUUUAGAAAUCAGAACCAAAACAUAAGUAAUUAUGGAAUGUGGAUGAAAUCAGGUUUACUAGAGCAAGUAUACCAGAUUCUGUAAAAUUACCAGUUUUUAUAUUUACAAUUAAAACUCAAGAGAUCUUUUGUUAUGUUAGUAAGGUAUAAUUUUAUUAAUAUAUAAAAAUAGACAGAUAAGUCUAAAAUAGUAGAUGGAGAUGAUGAGAGAAUUAUGUCCAUGGAUUACUAAUUUGCUUUAACUCCACAUUCAAAUCCUGCUUCUGAUGAAUUUGGUCAUAUUUGGGAAAUGAUCGAAUUGUAACCAUAAUAAGUUGUUAAAAUGCUCGUUUGAAUGCUAUAUUAUAUAUAUUUCAUAAACAUACC